AUGAAACUCCACGUUGCAGCUAUCCUCGUCAUCUUCUGGCUUGGCAUCUUGACUGUGCACACAGUGAAAGGGAGCGUUGGAAGUCAGCCCAUGCGCAAAAUCAGUUGUGUAAGGCUGUCUACACAGCAACUGAACAUCCGAAGUCUUGUCAGCUAUGAAAAGCAACAGGUUCCAGUAGAGGCCAUCAUGUUUAUCACCACAAAAGGUAUCAAGAUCUGCGUAAGCCCUAAUCAGAAAUGGGUGAAGACUGCUAUAAAGAAAAUAGACCGAAAACGUACCACCAAAGGCAAAUAA